CUGCCGCUCCGUAGCUUAAAACUAAUGUACCGUCAUAUUUGAAAGGUACCAUGGCGGCCACCAAAGCCAAUAAAGAGCAGAAAUAUGACAGGCAGCUCAGACUGUGGGGUGACCACGGCCAGGAAAGCCUUGAAAAUGCCCAUGUUUGUCUCAUCAACGCCACAGCAACUGGAACAGAGAUAUUGAAAAACCUUGUACUUCCAGGUAUUGGAGCUUUCACUAUAGUUGAUGGACACAUAGUUUCUGGAGAGGAUGUAGGAAACAACUUUUUCCUGAGCAAAAACAGUAUUGGAAAGAACAGAGCACAAGCUGCCACUGAGCUGCUACAAGAACUCAACAGUGAUGUGUCUGGAAACUUUGUUGAAGAGAGUCCAGAUAAGCUCCUGGACAAUGAUCCAGAGUUUUUCCACAGGUUUACCAUAGUCAUUGGUGUCCAGUUGCCAGAAAGCACAUGUUUGCGGCUUGGCUCAGUUCUGUGGAGUGCUUCUGUGCCUUUCCUAGUAUGUAAAACCUAUGGUCUCAUAGGCUACAUAAGACUAGUGGUGCAGGAGCAUACAGUGAUUGAGUCUCACCCCGACAAUGCCUUGGAAGACCUGAGGUUGGACCAGCCCUUUUCUGAAUUCACGAAUCACAUUCAGUCCUAUGAUCUUGAAAACAUGGAAAAGAAGGACCACAGUCACACACCAUGGAUAAUUGUUGUUGCGAAAUACCUAGACAAAUGGCUCAGUGAGCACAACUGUCAGGCACCAAAGACAUACAGAGAGAAAGAAGCCUUCAAACUGUUUAUUCGGGAAGGAAUCUUGAAGAAUGAGAAUGGUGUCCCAGAAGAUGAAGAAAACUUUGAGGAAGCUAUAAAGAAUGUGAACACUGCUUUAAAUCCAACCAAGAUUCCAAGUGCUGUGGAAGACCUCUUCAACAGCCAACAGUGUAGCAAUAUCACAUCACAGACUCCAUCCUUCUGGGUGAUGCUACGAGCUGUCAAGGAAUUUGUUCACAAUGAAGGCAAUGGUAACCUACCUGUACGGGGGACGAUACCAGAUAUGAUCGCAGACUCGCAGAAAUUUAUCAACCUUCAAAAUGUUUACAGGGAAAAGGCCAUGCAGGAUGCAGCAGCUGUUUCCAAGCAUGUAGAGUAUCUGUUGCAGUCUGUUGGAAAGUCACCAGAAAACAUCCCUGAAAAAGACAUCAAACUGUUCUGUAAAAAUGCAUCAUUUCUGAGGGUGGUGCGCUGCAGGUCUCUGGCUGAAGAGUACAAUGUGGAUUCAGUGAAUAAAGAUGAAAUCGCCUCUUGCAUGGACAAUCCAGAUAGUGAGAUGGUCUUCUACCUCAUGCUCCGUGCUGUUGAUCGCUUCUAUCAGCAACAUUCACGCUACCCAGGAGUAUACAACUACCAGGUGGAGGAGGACAUCAGCAGACUGAAGCUCUGUGUUAACAGUCUCCUGCAGGAGUACAGCCUCAACGUCAACAUCAAAGAUGAUUAUAUUCAUGAGUUCUGCCGUUAUGGUGCUGCAGAGCCACACACUGUUGCUGCAUUUUUGGGAGGAUCAGCUGCUCAAGAAGCCAUCAAGAUCAUCAGCCACCAGUUUGUGCCCUUCAACAACACGUUUAUUUACAACGCAAUGUCACAAACCUCUGCCACCCUACACCUGUGAAUACUGAGAACGCUUACAAUAACAACAGAGCAGACAGAGAAUGACUGAUAGAGGCACUUCCAACAGUUAAACACAUCAAAUGUGGAGACAAAAUGAGAAAUUGCUUUUUUUUUGUCUUAUUUGAAUGGGAUUUCUAUUCAUAUGUGUGCACAUAAAAUACUAAAUCAAAGGUCAGGAUUCCUUGUGAAAUAUUCUGGCUAAUGUACAGCCUUAUUUUCUUUUUUUCUGGUUUAGCAGACAUUAAACAGAAAAAAAAAGCUGGAAAUGAAACUAGCCAAUUUUGAACUGUCAUGUAGUACUUUCAUUUGUGAAACGCCACAUUUAUGGAUAUCACAAUGUAGCAGCACUUUGUAUACUGUAGUCACAGCUGUUUCUAGUAUUGUGUCUGCAAAAGAAUGGAAGACAAUUAAAAAGAAAAAAAAAUGACAAUGUAGUGUUUAAUUGAUUUUCAUUGCUACUAAGACAUUUAAUAUUUAACUUUGUGGUUCAUUUCUUUAAAAUCAGAAGUUGAAACAUUUUCAUGAAUAUGCAUGAUUCCUGUUUUCGUCUUUCUCGUGUCAGCUUUUGGACCUGCACAGUUAAUGCCUCUGUGAGUCUGGUAAGCUUUUUGACUUGGGUGAACAUGAUUUGUUGACUUGAUAGUUGAAACAAGGAUUACACAGUUAUCUCACCUAAAUAAAUGUUACAUGACAAGCA